AUGUACUACUGCUGCCUUCGAGCGGCUCAGAAGAACACCCUAAAGUUUCUGCAGGGCUGCACACUGUUAGCAUUUCAGCUUUACUUGCACGGCCCCACUACCGAAGGAUGGAUGGUCAUCGGCACUUGCACCCGGCUCGCGAAUGAGCUGGGUCUACAUGCCAUCGACUUCCAAAGUGAGAGCGAUGUUUUCAGCCCAGUCUCAUUGGAAUGGAGCAAGAAAGAGGGGUUACGCCGUGUCUGGUGGUCUGUCUGGGAGCUGGACGCGUUCUCAGCCGCGGUCGCCUGCCGUCCACACACGAUAGAUAGGAUGACUAUGCAAGUCAAGCUUCCCGUUUCUGACAAGAACUGGUUUGCAGACAUGUUCGUGGAGUCGUCCAUAAUCAAUCCCGACCCUGUCCACUCUUGGCACACCCUAAGGGAUUGUCCAAACCAGGACGAGAGGGCAUGGUUCCUACUCAUCAAUUAUCUCUUGCUCACCGCGCAUGACCUGGGCCAGCAGCAAAACUUGCAACGCAAGGAGAUUCAAGAGAUUGAAAAAGCCAUAUCUUGCUAUACUCUUAUCCUCCCUCCCUAAUUCAACUUAUUGGAGGACUUGAAUCCCUCAUCGUUCAGGCCAAAUCGCGUUUCUAACUUUAAUUGGAUCAUCGUCACCAACAUCAUGCUACAAGGGUAAUGUUAUUUCAAACCG